UAUUAUCCCUAUCAUCCUACAAAAUCCCCUUCCCAAAAAACGGAAGUACAUCCCUCUCCCUCUUCUCUCGAGUGAAUGGAGAAAGGUGAGGGCUCAAUGGCCGAGCAAGACGAGGCGGAGGAAACCCAGCACCACCUCACCCUCCCGUCCGGGUUGACUCAGGACGAGUUCGACGAGUUGAAGCAGUUCGUCAACGAAUUCCACAGGUACCAGGUGGGCCCCGGAAAAUGUUCUUCCCUACUUGCGCAACGCGUGCACGCGCCACCCGACACCGUGUGGUCUCUGGUGCGGCGCUUCGACCAGCCCCAGACCUACAAGCACUUCAUCCGGAGCUGUAACGUGAAGGAAGGCUUUAAAAUGACCGUCGGGUGCACCAGGGACGUCAAUGUUAUCUCCGGCCUACCGGCUGCCACCAGCACCGAGCGCCUCGACUUACUCGACGAAGACCGCCACGUCACCGGUUUCAGUAUCAUUGGGGGCGAGCACCGCCUCAGGAAUUACCGGUCCGUGACGACCGUGCAUGGGUUUGACCGUGACGGAAGGAUCUGGACCGUUGUUUUGGAAUCCUACGUCGUCGAUGUGCCCGAGGGGAAUUCCGAGGAGGACACGCGUCUCUUCGCGGAUACUGUUGUCAAGUUGAAUCUCCAGAAGCUGGCGUCGGUCACCGAAGGCCUGGCGGGCAACGGUGGAUGCUAAAUCUCAGGUGAUGCGAGAAAAUUUAACACGAAUUAACAAAUAAAAAAAAACAGGAAUGGAAAUGUUUGUAUUUUUAUUUUUAAUUUGUGCUUUGUUCUGAAUUUUCUAUUUUAUCUUUUUUUUUUAAUUUGUAAAUUCGCCUCCCAUGUAAUCCCCAAAAUAUCCUUGGUUUUAAAUGAUUGUCCGGGAUGCCAUGCUUUUGGUAA